ACAAUACAAUCUAACAUUUUGCAUUUAUUUAACUCUGCUAUCUCAAAUAGACAACUUUGGACCAUAGAUGAAUGAGCAACAAAAAACAAUCUGUCUCUAAGUAAAUACAAGGUAUUCUCCUUUAGUUAAUCAGUUUUUACCACUUUUAGUGAUUAUUUUGUGAUGCCAUGAGCAAUUUUCAUAAUGACAAAGCGAAAAUGACUAAUCUAAUCAUGCACAGAAAUAAAAGUCACAGAUAAGACACAUUUCAAGCUUUGUCCAGAGCAAAAAAAUGUUUUCUGUAAUUCUUUAAACUCCUAAUUAUUAUUAUUUUUUUUCAAUAAUGGGGGAAAUGACAGACUUUGUGAAAGAAAAUGUGCAAAAGUGUGAAAACAUCUGAACGGCUUCACUUGUUCUGCACGUACAGGGAACUUUGCCCUUUCUGUCUUCAGCAAUCACCUGUGUCAUAUCUGGAGAGCUCUCCAAGGAAUGAAGCCACAUCCUUGAGGAACUAACAGAAGCAGCAGGGAGCUUGCCAUCUAACGAGUGUCAAAGGGAACCAAGCAGAUAAUUGCUCUGUCGAGACUUCUAAAGUAAAGCUUACCUUUUUUCACUUUGCUGCAACUAAACGCCACAGGAAGUGUUGCUUGUAACUGCUGGGAUCUGAUAGAAGUUUUCACUUGAUGCUCUGGCACCCUCACAUUCAGGAUUUGUCCAUCGCCAAGAUCACUUCUUGACUGAAGGAGCUGUUUUCUACAUUUUUUGGUAGAAGGUUUUCAUCUCAAUCUAGUUGGGCUUUGAGGUUGGGUUUGAGACUUGAACCGGAAGAAACAACAAUAUGCGAUUAUAAACUUGUAGUUAUUUCUUCAGUUGGAUCGUACCUGACUUCAGAAGAUUGACACCUUUUGCACAAAAACAAGCUUGGUUGAGCCAUGGAGGACAGGAGAAGGAUGGACUACAGGGUCCAAAGGCAGAUCCUGGAUGAAGGAGAGGUGGACGAGUUGGCACAUAAAGACGACUCCCAUUUUCCUUUUUCUGAGAGGGUGAAAAAGUCAGUGAGGUGUUCUGGUCCCAGGCUAAAGAAGGCCCUUUUCAGUACGAUACCCAUCUUAUCAUGGCUGCCUCGUUACCCCUUUAAAGAAUACGCAGUGGGGGACUUGAUCUCAGGAAUCAGUGUGGGAAUCAUGCAACUGCCCCAAGGUAUGGCCUAUGCUCUGCUGGCUUCUGUUCCCCCAAUCUUUGGUCUGUACUCUUCCUUCUACCCGGUCCUGAUCUACUUCAUCUUUGGCACGUCCAAGCACAUCUCUCUCGGAACGUAUGCAGUCAUGAGUGUGAUGAUAGGAGGGGUCACAGAGCGGCUGGCCCCCGACUCGGACUUCAUGACGUGGGACAAUGUGACCAAUGCCACUCUUAUAGACACAGUAGCUCGGGAUGCAGAGAGGGUCCGGGUGGCUGCGGCGGUCACUUUCAUGUCUGGAAUCUUUCAGAUUCUGCUGGGCGUGGUGCAGUUUGGUUUCGUGGUAACGUACCUGUCUGAGCCGCUGGUCAGGGGUUACACCACAGCAGCUGCCAUCCAUGUCAUCGUGUCUCAGCUCAAAUACAGCUUUGGCAUCAGCCCUGACAGAUACAGCGGACCUCUAUCCCUGAUAUACACUGUGAUAGAAAUCUGCUAUCUCCUUCCAAAGACAAAUAUCGGCACUCUUGUGGUCACUUUAGUGGCAAUUCUUGGCCUCUUCCUUGCCAAGGAGCUAAACGCUUACUUGAGUAAAAAAAUACCAGUUCCCAUACCCACAGAACUGAUAGCUAUCAUCAUUGCUACCAUAGUCUCCUGGCAAGUUGAUUUAUCAGGGAAGUAUGGAAUAGAUGUGGUUGGAGAGAUUCCCUCCGGGCUCCAGCCUCCUGUUUUCCCAGAUGUAAAAUUAUUUGCCCCCGUGAUCGGGGACGCCUUCGCUCUGUCUGUUGUCGGUUACGGCAUUGCCAUCUCUCUGGGGCGCAUAUUUGCCCUAAAAUAUGGCUACAAGGUGGACAGCAACCAGGAACUGGUGGCUCUAGGAUUAAGUAACUCCAUUGGAGGAAUUUUCCAGUGUUUUGCAAUCAGUUGUUCAAUGUCUCGCAGCCUGGUUCAGGAGAGUUCAGGCGGAAAGACUCAGGUUGCUGGGGCUCUGUCGGCUGUGGUUAUCCUUUUCAUCACGCUGUGGAUUGGUACUCUCUUUGAAGAUCUGCCCAAGGCGGUGUUAGCCGCCAUCAUCCAUGUCAAUCUUCAAGGCAUGUUGAAGCAAUUCAUGGACAUAUUUGCUCUUUGGAAGAGCAGCAAAAUCGACAUGAUGAUCUGGAUCGCCACUUUUAUCCUCACCCUGCUGCUCAACCCGGAUCUGGGCCUCGCCGCUUCCAUCGCUUUCUCCAUGCUCACUGUCAUCUUCAGAACACAGCUACCAAAGUAUUCCAUAUUAGGCCGGGUGGAAGACACGGACAUCUACAAGCCUUUGGAUGGUUACAGUAAGGUGAAGGAGCUGCCAGGAAUUUUAAUCUUUCGCUCCUCUGCAACCCUCUACUUUGCCAAUGCUGAGAUGUACCAAGAGGCACUGGGUAAAAAGUCCGGCAUUGACAUUACAAAGAUCCUGUCGGCCAAAAAGAAACUGGAGGCCAAACGAAUUCGGCACGAGAAGAAAGUUGCAAAGAAAGCCAAGAAAGAACAAAAAAUCAAUGGAGUUAACAUGGAGCAGCAUGACAAUGAAGAACCAGAGGACAUCGCUGUCAUUCAUGUGGAUCCAGAGCCCAACCCCUCACUGCCACAAGCCAUCAUCCUCGACCUCAGCCCUGUCAACUUCCUGGAUACAGUGGGGGUCAAAACAAUACGAAAUAUUCGGAGGGAUUACGGGGAAAUUGGCAUUGAGGUGGUUCUCGCCGCCUGCCAACCUGGUGUGGUUGACAACCUGGAAGCUGGGGGCUUUUUCAAUGAAAAAGUGACAAAGUCCUGUCUCUUUUCCACCAUCCAUGAUGCUGUGCUUUACUGUAAAUCUGCUAGGUCAAGGAAUCAAAGAGAGAACGAUAAAGAGGAGCUACCAGCAACACAUUUCUGAAAACCGAGAAGAAAGGAAGAGGAUGUCAUGAGAAAGUGGCACACAGACUGCCUGGUGAAGGAUUUCUCUUCGGUCUUAAAAUAUCUGGGACUCACAUCCGUCCCAAAAGCACCUGCAACACUGCGGAGCAAAGAUUGAGAAAAUUAAAAAAAACAACAACACACCAUUCAUAUGCGUGUUCAUCCAUGAGUACAGGGUAAAAUGUCAGCCUCCAACUUGAAUACCAUGGUUAGCUUGAUGUGUCAGUGUUGUUUUCAGGAUGUGUGUCAAUACAAACUGUGUUUUGUCUUUUAUAUUUGCUAUGUGCAGACUGUAGUAUUGUGUUUAACUUUAACCUUGUGCCUGAUGAAAACGAUUGCUCCACAUAAUGAGUCCGCAGAGAAUCAGGCCUGGAGUGUGACUCCAGAAUGUCACUUUUGGUUUUUAAUUUGUGUUAUUUUGGUUCAUUUGCUCCAAUUGAAUACUUGGUUCACUUAAGCUUUUAUAAUAGUGGGAAAUGCUGAAAAAUGAUGUUGACAAAUGCAUUUUUUUGUGAGAUUGCACCAACUACAUCUGUUGCAUGAAAUUUCUUUUAUUUUGUCUUAAUUUGUGUCUUCAAGACUAAUGUGAACCAAAACAAUUACCAAUACUGGAAGCAUCAUGUUGCCUUGUUUUAACCCAUAAUCCACAUUAAUACUCUGUAAACCACAAUCCCCGAUAAUCGAGAUUAGGACAUAGUUUAUGAUUAAUCAGCUUCAUUGAAUGUGAGUCUGCAAGUUUCCAAAAAAAUAAAGGAAUGUGGUAAAAUUCCAAGGUAAAAAAAGAUGUUUAUAACUUCAGAGACUCAACAGCUUUAUUUCAUCAUUUCCGUCAGGCUUAUUUUGCAAUGUUAGAGCUUUUAGCAAGUCAUGUCGGUCUUCAAUGUUUACUUUUAUAUGAACACAAAAAAGCUAACCUCCAGACAGCUCAAGAAGAGCCCAGAUGAAUGUUGGCAUUUUUGAAAGGUACUUGUUAAGCAAAACAAGAGUUCAAAGACAAAACAUCUGCAACAAUUAUGCAAAAGUCCAUGUAAAUGUCCUUGGCUGUGACAUCAGCAUGAAGCAGAGAAUGGCCCUCCAGUUUGUGAGUGUAGUGAAAAUAAAUAAAGGUUGCAAAAA